AUGGUAAAGAAAUAGUUUCUAUGUGUAGAAUUGAACGAAAAACAAGUACAGUAAUUAGAAGAUGAUUUUUUAGAAUCAGAUAUUGUUAAUGGAGAUUUAAUAGCAGUUAGCUUUGCAACUGUUUAAGGUACAGUAAAGGUCUUCAAUUAAAAUGGAGACUGUUUAAAUACUAUUUAUAGAAAUGAUAAAGAUUGGAAUGUAUGUUUGGAAACUAUGAAAGUUUUAAAAUAUUAUCCUUAAUCAACUUUUGGAGAAAAUCAAUAAUAUGCAUUAGUUAUGGCUUCUGAUAAUAGAACUAUAUAAGUCCAUACAAAUAAAUUGGUUUAUAAAAUAGAAAAUGCACAUUAAGGAAUGAUAAGAGGUUUAGCUAUUUGGGAAGUUAAUGAUGGUCUGAAUCUUAAAAAUAUUAUUUUAAGUGCAGCUGAUAAUGACCAUACUAUUAAACUUUGGGAUGGAUUAGAUGGAUAAUUAUUAAAAGAAAUAAAAUCUUCACAUAGUGGAUUAAGAUGGAGGUCUUUACAUUGCUAUUAAGAAAAUUAUAAACCUACUAAUAAAAAUUAUAUUGUUUAUGGGUCUAAACAUGGAACUUUAUUCAUUUUUAGUUUACCUAUUCAUAAAAAAUGA